UUGUAAACAGUUUAUAAAUAUAACAAUUAUGGAAAACUCUUCAAUACAAAGUAGUAUUGAUAAUCGUACCGUCGAUUUCGGGAAUGUUCCAGUGGACUCUACAUCUGAAAAAGUUAUAAUGCUUGAAAAUAACUGGGAGGUCCAAAUGUUAAGAUAAAUAUGCGAAAGAUCGAAUUCAGAAUAUGCAAGAAUGUUUCGGAGCAAAGGAAGCAAAUCAUAAAAAUUAUUAAUAAAUCGUCAAUCGAUGCACCAUACCAAUGGCUUCUGCCGUUUACCGGACACGAAUUUUUUCAAAUUUCAACCGGCAAUUGUGGAGUAAUACGUGGCUUUGAGACUAUAACUGCAACAGUAAUAUUUACCGGCACUUCGUUAGGAGUAUACGCCUCAGAGCUUGUUUGUCUGGUUCUUCACCAGGAUCCAAUAUUUCUGAACAUCAUUGCGGUUGUCAUGUUAUCCGGUAUCCCCAUGUGCAAUAUAAAUGAUCAUAUUUUCGAAAAGCGAUGGAAAAGCAAGCAGCGCUCAGCAUAUUUAAUGGAGAAUAGUCUACGGCAACUUAAUUAUAUACCGGCAGCUUCCUGCUUUGAGAGAUUUCUAGAUUUUGGUACUGGAAGCGCAACGGAUUGGACCUUGAACGUUUCACAGACUUUAUGUGUUACAAACCAUCAGGACGAGGAUGCGUACUUAUUGUGGAUUAUAGAUUCGGAGAACAUAUUUCUGAUUGAUCCCAUAGAGACUGUUAUACCUCCAAAUGAAUCAAGAUUGUUUACUGUUCGAUUUAGACCGAAUGCGGAAAGCGAAGCAUUUAGCUUCUUAUUAUGUGGUGAUUGUCAGCAUAAGACUUACAGAGACGACAACCUGACUGUAAAACUAAAGCAUACUUGGUUCAGGAUUCCAUGUAUCGGUAACACCUGGCCACCUUGUACUGAAUGGACAACAGAAUGGGAUUGUCCUAUUGAGGUUGUGCUUCCACCGACCGUUCCUUUGCGGACCGCCUUCACUAACUUCAUGCUAUCCAAUAAGCUUGGAAUUCCGAUGCAUUUUAAAUUUCAAGCUCCACCAGACACGUAA